AUGUCCUUCCUCGUCGUCCCCCUGGUUAAAUUCGGCCUCUCCAAAGCCAAAAAGCACCACGCCGCCAAAAAGCAAGCAAAACAAGCCGAGCAAUUCCAACAACCAGGCUACCAAUCCAACUACGGCACCGAACCACCAAUCCAAAUGUCCAACUACCCUCCCAACGUCGGACCCGGCUCCAACAUCCAAUACCCAACGGGCAACCCCGGCGAAUCCAUCAGCAAGGGCACCAAGGUGAUGGGCAUGUUCAUCUCCGGCGUACGUUUCCUGCAAUUCGUCUUCGGCUUAACCGUCAUCGGCCUCUACGGCCGAGACGUCCAUCACGACCAUGAAAACGGACAUACCGCGCGUGCGAAAUGGGUGUUCGCAAUGAUAGCAGCCUUUUUGGCGACUAGCACCGCGUCUGUGCAUAUGAUUCUGCCCUUUAUGAUGCGCCGUGUUACGUACCGACCGAACCCGAAGUUGAAGUUGCCCCAGUUUGUGUGGGAGUUUAUUCUGUGUAUCUUGUGGUUGACGCUGUUUGGGAUCUUUGGGAAGAUGUAUAUCGGCGUGUAUCCUUCCAACUCGAAUGAUUCGAGCAAGCGUGAUACCACCACUACGACUACUGAUAGCUCGAGUUCGACUUCUAGUUCGAGCUCGGGGUUGGGUGAUGCGGCGAAGAUUGAUCGCAUGCGCCAUGCGGUUUGGAUUGAUCUGGUCAACCUUGUUAUGUGGGUUGUUACCGCGUCGUGGGUGUUGCUGCGUUGGCUGAAGAGUCGGCGGGCGGCCGAUGGCGCUGAGAUGGUGGAUGCUGAAAAGGCUGAACAGAUUUGA